CAUUUACCCGCGUUAGUUGAACCACCCACUUUGUUUGGCGGGACUGAACUAAGAAGAAGAAGAAACUCCACCGUCUAAUCGGAACGAUGCUGUUUUCUGGCAGAAGAAGGAAGAUUGGCACCAGCGCUCAGACAGAGCUGUACGGACAUCCGCUACAGUUCUACGGGCAGCCUCCCCUCGAAAACAUCUCUCUGGCUGAAUUUGAGGCGUUUGCUGUUGACAGACUGAAAUUGCUGAAGACCAUUGAGAAUUUGGGAGUGAGCUAUGUGAAACUGUCAGAUGACUACUUGAAGAAACUGAACAAUGAGUGCAAAGGCCUGAACUUUGUUCACAGACCGGAUGCUGUUGAUGACCGAAAAACUCAGAGUGGACCAACUGAAUUUGAGAAACGAAGAAAGGACCAUAUCUCCCAUUUCAUUCUCAGACUUGCCUACUGCCAAACGGAGGAUCUGAGACGGUGGUUCAUACAGCAGGAAGUCGAUCUUUUCCGCUACCGCUUCAACGAGCUCAGCUCAAAACAAAAGCUUGAAUUUCUUCACAGAAAUAAUCUGCAAUAUGACACGAUUACUGUCGAAGAGAAGAAGGCUCUGUCGGAUAAACUUGUCAGCUCCAGUUACGGCGUCAGUGGAAUCACUGUGGAAGAUCAGGACUUCUACAAAGUUCCGUUUCAAGACGCCCUGGAUCUCGUGCGAAUGAGGAAAGUGUACCUCAAAGCAGGCUACGUGUACAUCCCUCACCAGGACAUCGUCACCAUUGUUCUCAACGAUUUCCGCACCAGGCUCUCCAAAGCGCUUGCACUGACAGCCCGCUCGCUACCAGCAGUGCAGUCUGAUGAACGGCUCCAACCGCUUCUUAACCACCUCAGUCAUGCCUAUGUGGGACAGGAUUACAGCAUCCAGAAGAAUGUUGGGAAAAUCUCCUUGGAACAAAUUGAUUCACUUUCAGCAAAAUCAUUCCCACUCUGCAUGAGGCAGCUCCACCAGAGCCUCAGAGAGAACCACCAUCUCCGCCACGGUGGACGCAUGCAGUACGGCCUCUUCCUCAAAGGUAUAGGCCUCUCUCUGGAGCAAGCACUGCAGUUCUGGAGGUCGGAGUUCAUAAGAGGCAAAGUGGAUGCAGACAAGUUUGACAAAGCAUAUGCGUACAGCAUCCGCCACAUGUUUGGCAAAGAAGGCAAGCGCACAGACUACACCCCCUACAGUUGCAUGAAGGUGAUUUUAUCAAACGCACCCAGCCAAGGCGAUCAUCAUGGAUGUCCUUUCCGCCACAGCGACCCAGAGCUGCUGAAGCAGAAGCUUCAGUUCUACAAGGUGUCUCCCAACGGGAUCGGCCAGAUCCUGGAGCUGGUGAAAGGGAUGCACUAUCAGCUGGCGUGCCAAAAGUACUUUGAGCUGACACACAAUAUUGAGGACCCAAAUUUCUCGCUCAAUCACCCCAACCAGUACUUUAUAGAGAGCCAGAAAGUUUUGGGAGGAGGCAAGGACAUAAAGCGAGAGAUGGACAAUCCACAGAGGUCGCAGGAAAACUCGGCCGUCAGAGGAUCCAGCGCGGCUCGAGAAGCUGCAGCAAACGCCCCCCAGGAUUUGGCCGAAAUGACAGAGGAUCUGGACUCUUUCUUUCAAGACGCCUGAUGUAUUUUCAUUUUUUUUUUCUACGAGGACUUGACAUUUGGAUGGUUCAUAUUCACACUUAGAUGUCGUAAUCUCACUGUACAUGACAUUUUAAGUAUUAAAGUUGCAUAUUAGUAAUUCUCCAUGAUGUUUUAGUCUGUUUUCAACAUAGCAAAGUGUGAGUUAACCUUGACUUUACAUAAACUUCAGUAUCAGACCAAAGCAGUUUCCUUCCUUUAAAAUUCCUUGUCAUGUUAGUGACAUUUAGCUGUUUAAGCAGAGUGUAAAAAGUAGUCUCAGUUUCUCUGUCUUUGUUUUCACUUGUCUGAACUCAAAUGGCUUCUGCCCAGUCUCAGUGCACAGAGUUUUGGCAGGGACGUGGUUGUGGGGGUGAUGACUAGAACAUUUCCCAGCUGUCUCAGAAACAAUGUCAUUGUAUUUGCUGGCAGGAGUAUGGAUGAAUGGUGGCAGGAGGAUGGAUGAAAAUAAACAAUUUCCACAGUUGUAUUA